AUGCCGUCUACACACAAGAAAGAAAAGCCCUGGGAUACAGAUGACAUAGAUAAAUGGAAGGUUCGCUCCUGGCCAGCUCCUUGCCCAGUCUGGGUUAACGUCAUGCUAACAAUUUUCACCGACCAGAUCGAAGAAUUUAAACCAGACGACAAUGUCGCUGGUACGUUCGCCGAAGAGUCUUCAUUCGUCAGCCUAUUUCCAAAAUAUAGAGAAGUUUAUCUCAAAGAAACAUGGCCUAUAAUCACAAGGGCUUUAGAGAAACAAGGUAUUGCGUGUACGCUAGACUUGGUGGAGGGAAGUAUGACGGUGAAAACGACACGGAAAACCUAUGACCCAGCCGCCAUUCUCAAAGCUCGAGACCUGAUAAAGCUCCUUGCGAGAAGUGUGCCUACGCCUCAGGCACUCAAAAUCCUUGAAGACGGAGUAGCUUGCGACAUCAUUAAGAUUCGAAAUCUAGUUCGCAAUAAAGAACGAUUUGUCAAACGCCGCCAACGAAUUCUUGGUCCAUCCGGCUCUACCCUAAAAGCACUGGAACUUCUAACAGAAACGUAUCUCCUUGUCCAAGGCAACACCGUCGCGGCGAUGGGCCCGUUCAAAGGGCUGAAAGAAGUUCGUCGCGUUGUCGAGGAUUGCAUGAACAAUAUUCAUCCCAUCUAUCACGUCAAAGAAUUAAUGAUUAAACGCGAGCUCGCGAAAGACCCAAAGCUAGCCAAUGAGAGUUGGGACAGGUUCCUCCCUCACUUCAAGAAGCGAACGCUGAACAAGAGGAAACAACCGUUCAAAGUUACUGAUAAGUCGAAGAAAGUGUACACUCCGUUCCCGCCGCCUCAAGAGAAGAGUAAGGUGGAUUUGCAGAUUGAGAGCGGCGAAUAUUUCUUAAGCAAGCAGGCCAAGGAGCGGGCGAGAAAGGAAGAAGUUAUGGAACGACAAAGGCAGAAGAGGGAUGAAAAGAUGAAAGAGCUCGAUAAGGAUUUUGUGCCUCCAAAGGAAGACACCGGUGAACAGAAAAAGAAGAAACGGAAGCGACCAGAAGACAUGACUGACAAGGUAUCAGAUGGGGAAAAGCUAUCGAAAAAGCGUAAGAGCAAGGAAAAAAUAAGCGAUUAA